GUGUGGACCUUCCGCUUCCCGUACUUUGCUCCUGUCACAGCUCCGCCAUUGUUUGACAUUUCUCGUUGCUAACAGAGAUGUUACCUAGUAACUCGGCGAAGAGGUGAAAUAGAAACUUCACAGUAAAACAUAUGUUUAUAGGAAACCUGUCACACGCUCAGAGGGCAUGAGAGAGGACACGCUCCUCAGAGAGAUUUGCUGCAAGACCAGAAAAGCUGAGAUCACAGUGCGUAACGCUGCAUCUGUAGGAUGUAUAAAGACUACAGAUCAGGUCGAGUCACAGGACUCAACGCUCUGCCCUUCGAUCCAGCAACCAACAACGAUCCUCUUCAGUUCAACGGUUCUAGUGGUCCACUUGGGACUGAGUGCGCUCCCUUGGAUAACACUGCUGAAAACGGCAAAAAGAGAAAGAGAGCCAGCCUCCCUCCAGAGGGGAUCUGUAACAUGACGAUGGACUCCAACUCAAUGACGAUGCCCAUGUCUGACCCCAACCCCUGGGCAGCUGCUAUGAAUAACAUGGGGAUGCCUCCUAUAGGAAUGACAGGACAGCCACUUCUACCAGAUUUUGAUCCUAACCUUGGCAUGAUGGCGGGAAUCACCCCCAUAAACCCCAUGAUGCCCGGCCUCGGCAUGGUGCCCACACCCGUCUCCCAGGACGUUCCAGUCGUGAAGGAGAUCAUCCACUGCAAGAGCUGCACCCUUUUUCCCCCCAACCCUAACCUACCUCCUCCUGCCACAAGAGAACGCCCUCCAGGUUGCAAGACUGUGUUUGUCGGCGGUUUGCCAGAGAACGCCACAGAGCAGCUCAUCAUGGAGGUCUUUGGACAGUGUGGCGACAUUACGGCGAUUCGCAAAAGCAAGAAGAACUUCUGCCACAUCCGAUUCGCAGAGGAGUCCACAGUGGACAAGGCUCUCUUUCUGUCUGGAUAUCGAAUCCGUUUGGGCUCAAGCACAGACAAAAAGGACACCGGGCGACUCCACGUUGACUUCGCUCAGGCCAGAGACGACCUGUACGAGUGGGAAUGCCGCCAGCGCAUGUUGGCCCGAGAGGAGCGUCACAGGCGCAAGUUGGAGGAGGAUCGCCUGCGGCCGCCGUCCCCUCCUCCCAUCGUCCACUUUUCAGAGCACGAGUGCAGCCAGCUGGGAGACAAAAUCAAAGACGAUGGUAAGUUUCCAGAGGCUGUCCGCGUGCUCCUGACCUGGCUGGAACGGGGCGAAGUCAACCGCAGGAACGCCAACAACUUCUACUCCAUGAUCCAGUCCUCCAACAGCCACAUCCGCCGGCUGAUCGGCGAGAAGAGUCAACACGAGAAGGAGAUGGAGGAGGCCAAGGACAAGUUCAAGACGGCGCUGGCUGGCAUAGUGGCUCAAUUUGAACAGAUUGUGUCUGUAUUCCAAGCUGCUUCCAAACAAAAGGCAUGGGACCAUUUCUCCAAAGCUCAGCGCAAGAACUUGGACAUGUGGCGCAAACAAGCCGAGGUUGGUGCACUUUGGUUUCAUUCUGUUGUGCGUGUAAAAUAUGUAAAAGUUAGACGUUCUGCUUUUCUGUUUCGUGCUUCAUUGACAACUUUGUUAUGUUUUAACUAUGUCGUUCCUCAUGUGCUGCAGCUGGAGAUGUCGAACCCGGGCGAUGGAGGCAAAGACGACGGCAACAACAAGACUGUUGAAGCCACACUUUCAGCAGUGGUGUCCUGCAGUCAGGAGAAAAGAGGUCCCACAGAGAAAAACUCAACAAGUCCCAUUCACUCGGAGAGGGAAGCCCUGCUAGUUGGGAUCAUCUCAACCUUCCUGCACGUCCACCCGUUUGGAGCCAGCAUCGAGUACAUCUGUUCCUACCUCCAGCGCUUGGACACCAAGAUUAACCCCAGUGAGGUGGAGGCUCUUCUUUCCCGGCUGCCCUGCACCUUCAGGCAGGAGCUGACUGGCGUCGGAGCGAGUUUGGAGAAACGCUGGAACUUCUGCGGCUUUGAGGGCAUCAAGAGCACUUAGGCUCCGCAGGUGACACUUCUGGGGCUUCGAGAAGACGACAGGCAACACAGACUUUGUAGCAAUGUGAAAGAUACAGUAUCUAGCUCACAAGUAUCAAAGACUCUGUACUGAACCCUGAGUGUACAAGGGACACAGAGGACUGAUCUCAGAUCAAGCGGGAAUGUUACAUGAGCACUUCAGGGACUGUGUAGGUGGCAGAGACUUUAAACAUCAUCGCUGUUGAGACCAAGCACCCAUGAUGGAGUCCUCAGAAGCUUGAUCUCCGAGUUCCUGUGCAUCUGCAAAAUAUUUUUAGACAUGAUGACUCCCUGGGAGUCGCAGAGGAGCACCAGUUUCUACCGUCACUGGAUCAUCACGUAGUUUUGCCCACAGGAGCAGAGCGCGGUGCGUUCGGAGCCGACACGUGACUCUGUGUGGUAUCAGGUCUACAGGGCUAAUCCAGGAGGAGAUGAGGGUGUGUCCUCCCAACCCGUCGACCUCCUUCUCUUCUCUUUUUUGCUGUUGCCGGUUUGUAACAUAGAUCAAAAACGAAUAUAUUUCUUCAUUUUCUGUAAAGGCUGUCAGCAGUUGCAUAGACUCAUUUGUUGUAAUACACUGUAAAUGCUUGGAUGAUAUUUUUGAAUAUAAAAGACAUUUGAAUAUCAAGAAAAUAGCAAAGUGUCAGUAUUUUUGUGCAUCUGCCUAGCAGGUAGAGGGUUUGAGUGACUGAUUUGCACAAGACAAGUAUACUACCUCUGAGUUUGUGCUCAUUCUUGCUUGAAGAGCUGUGUUUUUUUUUUCUCGUUUCAUUUAUCAGGAGCUGUACUCAAGAGCUGGGUUCAGAAGCUUACAUAAGGGCAUUUGUGUCUUUCAGAAGCCAAUUAAGCCCGUCUGUCAGCCUGGCGAAAGGCAGAACGUUCGCAUCACACUUAAGUGGGAAGCACACCUAGGGGAUCGUGUUAAUGAUGUUUAAUUGGAGAGGCAGUUGGUGUGUGUGCUUUCUGGCACAGAGUGAACGGCAAACUGUAUUGUUUGUGUACUGUGCCUGCAUCCGUGUAUUAAAUGGUUCUGCAGCGCUUUAUGAGAGGGGGAAGUCGUCUUCUGCACCUCCAGCAGAUAGAGAGCUCACCAGCACCAGAACCGGAGGUUCCCCCCUCACCGAAAACCCAGCCGAGCGUUCUUAAUGUGCCGCCGCCGGGCCGUGGGGCAGCGUGCUCUCCUCCCCGAUUGCUCUGAGAAACAAAGAUUUAUUAUAAAGUGUUAUUUGCUCUCAUUUAGCUUCUUCAGACUCCCGCAGUCACUGCUUUUGAAAAAUUAGCGCCUCUGCAUACUAUUAUUCUAGCUCAAUGUAAUGUUUUGAAAAGAAGGCCAUUACUUGCCAUUUGGACAAGCUAUUAUUUAAUUGUUUAGGAUGCCCACUGGCUGGACUUUACACCCAGCUGCUCUUCCUGGUGUCCAUCAUUAAAAACACACAACAUAAUGUAGAAAUAUUUCAAUGAUAGAUUUGAAUUACAUAUCAGUAAAUUUAACCAUUCCAGUUAAAACUAUGUUGCUCCCAGAAAGCUUUUCAACUUUUUUUUAACUUUGUGUGAACUUUGCAUCAUGUCAUAAUGUUACUCCCUUAUCAAAAACCUACCUGGAGUGUCACCUUGAUUCCUUCAUGCGUAUUGAAGAAACUUUUUAAUCUCUCAUGGCAAUCAUUCAGCUGUGCACAGCGCCUUGUUGGCCCUAGCUCCGCCUUCGAGAACGCAGCUCCUUCUCAUCGCUGCAGUUUCAGCUCCUCCAGACUAGCCACCAGCAAUUAGCAAACGUCUUGUGGAACUACCAAUCUUCUGAGUUCAUCAUACGAAUUACUAAACGUUAAAGGGUGAAUAGAGGAGUGAUGUUGUGAUGAAUUCCCGAAGGAGCUCUUAAAGAGACAGAGGCCCAAUUUCAAGGCAUUAAAUUAUAAAGUAAAAUUUCCUUAAAAUCAUAUUUUUAUAAUAACUGUGAACUGUGAACAUGUUUCUGUAAGGACGUGUUGUUUGUAUCACUACACUGAACAUAAUAACUGCAUUUAAAAAUAACAAUCCUGACAAAAAAGACCUUUUUAUUAAAAAUGCACAUUUAUUGUGAAAACAAUUAUUAAAAAUGAUUAUAAGAAAUGUAUCACGAUAAAUUAUACUCAAUACGAUAAUCGCCCACCGUAAUCAGCUCAUGUGGGAGAAUAUGUAGGAAUGGACAACUAUUAUACAUGCACUCAAUAAAUCUGGACUCUAUGGAGGAGUAGAAAUACAAAAAAACCUUUUGAAUGAGGCUUAAGGAGCCAUGUUUAAUCUUUUCCAUGUACCAUGUGGAGGCCAAAAAUGAUUAGUUGGUUCUGGGUUUGAAGUGGUUCAGCAUGGACUUAGCAUGUUGUCGCAAGUUUUUUUCUGUAUUCCUAUAACCAUCCAGUUUAUAGGUGGAUGGUUUCCUCCAUGUUGCUCUGUGAUGGACUGGUGACCUGUCCAGGUUUCUCGCCCUGUUAGCCAGCCAGCCGUUCCCCAAGCUAAACGUUGCAGAAAACCUUGACAAUUAUUCAUCACUGAAAUCCCAAUGGGACACGCUGAAGUUUAUGGUUGUGAGUCAUGUUAAAUGUAAAAAUGUAUGAAGGUUUUUGGAUGGCGCCGUAUGUGA